CUAAACCCUCUUUAUUCUCAAGGGCAUCUUUUAUUUUGAUUUCUAACAUCUCGCUUACUGUUUGUGCAACUCUAACUCCAUUAAUGGCGGCUUUAAGCUACAAGAAGAGUUAUCGUCCAAAUCAAUCGCUGCAGCAGUUCUAUACAGGUGGCCCCUUCGUUGUUUCUUCUGACGCCACUUUUCUCGCUUGUACUUGCGAUGAUUCCAUCAAAAUCGUUGAUUUCUCCAACGCUUCUAUCAAAUUCACCAUUGAAGGCGAUUCAGAGCCUAUUACUGCUCUCGCACUUAGCUCGGAUGAUAAAUUCCUCUUCUCUUCAAGUCACAGUCGUCAAAUUAGGGUUUGGGACUUGGCUACCCUUAAAUGUAUUCGUUCCUGGAAGGGACAUGAUGGUCCGGUGAUGGCAAUGGCUUGUGAUGCGUCCGGUGGAUUGCUUGCAACUGCUGGUGCUGAUAGAAAAGUGCUUGUUUGGGACGUGGAUGGUGGUUUUUGCACUCAUUAUUUCAAAGGCCAUAAAGGGAUUGUCACUUGCAUCAUGUUUCAUCCUGAUCCUAGUCGUCUGAUUCUUUUCUCUGGAAGUGAUGAUGCAACAGUUAGGGUUUGGGAUCUUAACAAUAAGAAAUGUGUUGCUACAAUGGAAAAACACUUCUCUGCUGUGGUUUCCUUGGCUAUGUCUGAAGAUAGGAGUUUCUUACUUAGCGCCGGAAGAGAUAAGGUGGUUAACAUGUGGGACCUCAAGAGCUAUGAAUGCAAGACAACGAUACCGACAUAUGAGGUGCUUGAAGCUAUUUGCGUCAUUAGCUCUGGAACUGCUAUCUAUAAAAGUUUAUUAUCACAAAAACCUAAGAAGGGCAAAAGGAACACUAAAGAAGUUUACUUUAUGACUGCUGGUGAACGUGGGAUUGUUCGAAUUUGGAACUCUGAAGGUGCAGUUUGUUUAUAUGAGCAGAAGGCUUCAGAUAUAGCUUUUAGUUCUGAAGAAAAUGAUUUAAAAAGAGGUUUUACUGCCACUCACUUUCUGCCCUCUGAUCAAGGACUGCUUUGCGUCACUGCUGAUCAGCAGUUUCUGUUUUACUCCGUCUCGAAUCAAUCUAAAGAAGAUGUGGGUUUGCAUCUCUGUAAGAGGUUCAUUGGAUACAAUGAGGAGAUAGUAGAUAUGAAGUUUCUAGGCGAUGAUGAAAAAUUUCUUGCCGUUGCAACCAACCUAGAACAGGUGCGGGUUUAUGAUCUCGAUUCAAUGUCCUGUUCCUAUGUACUUGCUGGGCAUACUGGGAUUGUUUUAUGUAUUGACACCUGCAUAACAAGAGCUGGAAGUACACUUAUUGUGACUGGGAGCAAAGACAACAGUGUCAGACUAUGGGAGUCAGAAACACGGAGGUGCGUAGGGGUUGGAAUUGGUCAUAUGGGAGCUGUUGGAGCUGUUGCUUGUUCGAAGAAACAACGAAACUUCUUUGUUAGUGGUAGUAGUGAUCGUACAAUCAAGGUAUGGAGCUUUGAAGGAAUUAACAGUGAUUCUGAAGAGCCUAUAAGCCUUAAAGCAAAAGCUGUUGUAGCAGCCCAUGACAAGGAUAUCAAUUCUCUUGCUAUUGCGCCUUCUGACAGCUAUGUCUGUAGUGGCUCUCAGGAUCGCACUGCCUGUAUAUGGAAGCUUCCAGACCUAGUGUGUGUGGCCAAACUCAAGGGACACAAACGUGGAAUCUGGUCUGUGGAAUUUUCUCCUGUUGAUAAAUGUGUUUUAACAGCAUCUGGAGACAAGACAAUAAAAAUGUGGACUCUUGAUGGCUCAUGUUUAAAAACAUUUGAAGGGCAUACAUCUAGUGUUCUGAGAGCAUCCUUUGUUACACGUGGGACUCAAUUUGUUUCGACUGGUGCAGACGGGCUACUGAAGCUUUGGACCGUAACAAGUAGUGAAUGCAUUGCCACUUAUGAUGAGCAUGAGGACAAGAUAUGGGCCCUGGCAAUUGGAAAGAAGACAGAAAUGCUUGCUACUGGGGGUGGUGAUGCAGUUAUCAAGAUAUGGAACGAUUCCACCGCCACGGAUAAGGAAGAGGCUUUUCGUAAAGAGGCAAAAGGUGUUUUACGUGGUCAAGAGCUUGAGAAUGCUGUAUCUGAUGCUGAUUAUGCUAAAGCAAUCCAGAUUGCCUUUGAGCUGAGAAAACCUCAUAGGCUUUAUGAACUUCUUUCUGAACUUUGCAGGAAAAAAGAUGCCGUUGAUCAUUUGAAAAAAGCACUUCUGCCUCUUGGGAAGGAGGAAAUCCGUCAACUUUUUGAAUAUAUUCGAGAGUGGAAUACUAAGCCGAAACUGUGCCACAUCGCUCAGCUUGUGCUUUUGCAAGUUUUCAGUUUGCUUUCCCCUACGGAAAUUGCAGAGGUGAAAGGCAUCGGAGAACUUCUUGAAGGGAUUAUCCCUUAUUCUCAGCGGCACUUCAGUCGGAUUGAUAGGCUUGAAAGAAGCACAUUCUUGUUAGACUACACGCUCAUCGGCAUGUCUGUUAUGGAACCCGAAGAAGAUAGAAGCAAAACGUUUAACAGCUCUAGGAAGAAUGUUGAAAGAGGGGACUCAUCUAAUGAACCUGCGGAAGUGGUAAAAGAAUCCGUGUCUGAUACAGAAGAGACACCAAAAAUAUUGGGCUCCAAGAAACGAAAAUCUAAGAAGUCUUCCGAGGUUUGUUACAAGAAAGUUAAACCUAGCGCUGCCGCUACAGCUAUAUCAAUGCCAGCUUAAUGCAUCUAGAAUGAUAUUAUGCCCCGGCACCUGUUGUAAAGAUUAGGAUCGGAAGAUUUUCGUUAAUUGUAAUGUACAAAAGUCACAAUUUUGUAGCAAUCUGAUAUUGUUGCACAGAGGAGACUGCUAUUCACACAUUGGAGAAGUCGGAAUCUCCACGAAAAUUUUGUGAAAACGAGUUACAUGUUGAAUUUAUAUCUGAAAGUAUAAUUUCUCUCUGAUUUUCUGGCUUUGAAUUUUAAAUUCUCAGCAGGUAAAUGAAGGGUUGAAAGGCGAGAAAUGUAGUUUUGUUUUCCUUGUUUAGACUGUCCAUUACUAGGAUGAUCUUACUCUUCAUGAAUAUAGCAUUCAACUUGAUAGAAGUGCAAUUUUCUGAUUCUGGGAAACCAUGUACUUCUAAGUACUUUUAAACGAUGGUCAAUGGAUUGAGCUUUCAUCUUGAACGAUUUUGUUACACCACCCUAUAUAAAGAUUUAACGUUCGAUUUUGAUAUUAAGAAGAAUUGAUAUGCCAAGUGA